AUGCGCGCUGCACAGUUUCAUCGUGACACGGGGAAAAUCCAAGUAAAUGAGGUUCCCAUCCCUGAGCCAGAAGACACAGAGAUAUUGGUCGAGAUCAAGUCGGCCUCACUAUGUCACUCAGAUAUCAUGGCCAUCGAGGGUUGGACGCCGACGCCGAGCAGCGUGAAGCCCAUCACUCUGGGCCACGAAGGCGCCGGCAUUGUGGAGAAACUAGGUUCCAAAGUGACCGGGUUCAUGCCUGGAGAUCGGGUUGGAUUCUUGUACAUUAUAGGAUGCUGCUUUGAAUGUGAAGCAUGCAAGGUCUACAACCUCUAUGGCACAAAAGGCGCGCCACGUAUUCAAGGGAUGACCGAGGGUUCUGACGGAUUUUUUGCCGAAUACGCCGUUGUCGACUACCGCAAUGCAAUAGUUCUCCCGGAGGCAGUUAAGAUCGAAACCGCUUCCCCUCUAUUCUUUGGAGCCGAUCUGACGUUUAAUUCUGCAACGAAUUCGAACUACUUGGACGAAAUCAGGAUGGCCACCGGAGGCGGGGCGCACGCCGCGGCGGUCUACAGCGCUUCGAUAGCAGCGUACGAGAACGCAAAAAAGGCACUCCGAAUAGGCGGUCUUCUGAUGGCUGUGGGUUUGCCGGCGAAGCCAUUCCAGUUGAAUUUGACCGAGAUCAUCACCGGCCUUUAUCGGCUCAGAGGCGAUUGCACUGGUAUUCCACAACCCAUGUCACAAGCCAUUGAAUUCACCGCGCAGCACAACAUCCAACCGAACGUUGUCAGCUUCCACAAGUUGGAGGAGGUACCUCAUAUGAUUGCAAAAAUGAGGGCGCAAAAGUCCACAGGAAGGAUGGCCGUACUGUUUUAG